AGGCACUGCAGAGAGUGCUGCAGUGAGAGAAAGAGAGAGGCAGGGAGGAGGGGAGCAGGCAGGCAGAAUAAGCUACAUGAAUAAGGACUGAACCAGAAGCCCACAGGAGACAGAGCACUUUGUGAGUGUGUGUACAUGUUUGAAUGCGUGAAAACACUGCGCAUGUGUGACUGAACGGACGGUGGAGGAGAAAGAGCAGUAAUGAAUGCCAGCUGAGGGAUGACAGCACAGGAGAGAGAGAAAGAGAAGACAGAGGCUCACCUUGAGACAACAAGAAGGAAGUAAGAAAGAAAGGAAGACAUAAUAGGUGGAUCUAUGACAGACAUUAGCAGCUUGGGUCUCUGCACAGAAUAAGAUGAAUAAUGUUUGAAUAGUAGCUGUAACACCUGGGAUGAACAAUAGGACACAGGAAGAGAGAUGAACAUCUACAACUCAAAGGAUAAAGACUGGAAGAGCAAAGUAGAAUGAUAUCGGAAAACCAAUGAUACUGAGGAAUAGAGACGGAUAGAAGAGAGACGGAAAGCAUCCUUACCUCGGUGACAAAAAAGACAAAGCAGAUUAUCAUCAGAUGCGAUUUACUUGAUGAAGAAGAUAAAACAUUGAAGGUAACAACCAUCUAAAGCAGACAGGUAAAUGGACAGAAGGAACUGGAUUUACUUUAAAAGGAGACAUCUGACUCAAAGACAUCUGUAAAACUUUUCUUCCGCCCAGCACAGUUAUGAUGACUGUUUAAGGCUUAACUUGAAAAGAAGCUCUCACUCCUACUUCUAAGGAAUUCAAGGAGCCAUUCCAACAGCUCCCUUGGGUAUCAAAAAACACCCCACAAGAAAGACCUCCGCCCUUCAACUUAUCAAGAUACCAAGGAAAGGAGUCAAAAAGGGUGUUCUGAAAAAACUGGAUCGACAGCAGAGACUGGCAGAGAAGCAUUCUUUAUUUCCCAUACACUCAAGUCAAUAUCUAACACAAACACAGCCAACAACAAGAAGUUUAGUAGUUGUUUAAGUGAGACAUUUUUAUUUUCCUAUAGAAAGUCAGAGGAGCAAAUGUAGGAAUUUCUUUCCUGGUCUAACUGAACUGCCCACAAUCAAACCCAGGAUACUGUGUGAAUUGUAUUGAUUUUAUAUUGACCAGACUGGUGUAGUGAAUGAAAAUAUCUUAGUGCUAAACCAUUAAAAAUUCCUGUGCAAUUUGUAGAUAUCUAAAAGAGAGCACCAACAUAUGUAAUUUUGUGCAAAAAAAAUGACUGUGCAUAGUGUACCUUGAUCAGGUUCUGUGAACUAGACUGUUAGAAUUUUUAGAAGUUUUAAGUUUAUAUGCAUAUAUAUAACACAUACCACUUUGGUGCAACAGAGUUUGGAGUAAACAUUACACUUGCUGAGCCUUUCCAUUUAUUGAGGCUUGAGCUGACAGAAGCAGCCAGCUGGGGAGAUCUCUGAAGGAAAAAUGGAGGCACCCAUCCGUCCCCAUGUUCCCUCUAAUGGCUAAUUUUAAAGAAGGAAAUUAAUCCACUUCCCCUUGUGCAAAACAAAGCCAGGGUGUCCACUGCUAAUCAGAGCUAUAGCCAGUCUAUCUCAGAACUCAAUACCUUAUGUCCUGCCUCAGGCGUCAGCAGCUGGCUAUCCCCAUGGACACAGUGAAGAUCAUCCAGUCCGAGAAGUUUCCCAGAGAAUGUCCUGUCCCGGUCACCCAACCCCGCUAUGCUCCAGCCCCAAGAGUGGCAUGGGAUGGUGGCGGUGAGGGCGAAAUCAUUGUCAACCAGGCCUGCAGUGAUCUGACAUUGGACAUUACACCUUCUCCCAGGCCAAUGGUGUCCCCUCCAUCCCCAAUGAUGCGCAGGGAACACAGCUUCCUGGCGCAGCGCAAAAUGAGUGCCAAUGAAAUCUGCUAUCACCAGUUCCACUACAAGAUGGAAGACGUCAUUGUCAACCAGUACGUGCUUCGCUCCUCCUCCACCUCCUCCUCCACUUCCUCUUCCUCCUCUUCGGGCCCUGUUAUGCCAUGCGAGCCUCUAGAAUGCCCCACCUGUGGACACACAUACAACUUUGCCGGGAAGCGUCCACGGAUCCUCUCUUGCCUGCAUUCGGUGUGUGAAGAGUGCCUGCAAAUCCUCUAUGAAUCAUGUCCCAAGUACAAAUUCAUCUCCUGCCCCACCUGCAGACGCGAGACGGUGCUGUUCACUGACUAUGGCCUCGCUGCUCUGGCCAUCAACACCAGCAUUCUGAGCCGUUUGCCCUCCGACCCUAAUGGGCCAGUGCAAUGGGGCGGGGAAGCUGACCGCAGCUGCUACCAGACUGUGCGUCAAUACUGCCAGUCAGCAUGCACCUGCCAGAUUGCCAACCCAUUGUCCUCCUGCGGCAUCAUGUAGAGAGGAAGGAGGUGAGGACACUGCAAAUAAGACUUACCGCUGCUCCCCACCAACACCAUUCUUCUCAUCCAUAAGCUAAACCCUUUCUGCCAAGCCCCCCUUCCCUCUCACAUGUACAGCAAAUAAAUCCCUUCAUAGAUGUUAUCUCUAUAUAUUUAAUAGCACAGAUGGAUACUGUGUGGGAAAUAUGGAUGCUGGUGAUCCAGAAUGAAGCGAAUAAAUGUAUUUUAUGUACGGACUGAAAAA